CCCUGCAGCUUCCUCAUGGUCCUGGUGUGUCUUAUCUUCAGUGUCCUGUCCACAAUAGAACAAUAUGCAGAAUUUGCCACAGGAACCCUCUUUUGGAUGGAGAUCGUGCUGGUGCUGUUCUUUGGUACCGAGUAUGUGGUCCGGCUGUGGUCGGCAGGCUGCCGCAGCAAAUAUGCGGGCAUCAAAGGACGCCUCCGCUUUAUCAGGAAGCCCAUAUCAAUCAUAGAUUUGAUAGUCGUCAUUGCCUCCGUCAUUGUGCUCGGUGUGGGGUCAAAUGGACAAGUGUUUGCCACAUCUGCUAUCAGGGGUAUUCGUUUCCUGCAGAUCCUGCGGAUGCUGCAUGUGGAUCGACAGGGAGGAACAUGGAGGCUGCUGGGAUCUGUUGUCUUCAUACAUCGACAGGAGCUUAUCACCACCCUGUACAUUGGCUUCUUGGGGCUGAUCUUUUCCUCCUACUUUGUCUACCUUGCGGAGAAGGAUGCAGUGGAUGAGGAGGGCAAGACGGGCUUUUCCAGCUAUGCAGAUGCCCUGUGGUGGGGCGUGGUGACCGUCACCACCAUCGGAUAUGGAGACAAAAUUCCUCAAACAUGGAUAGGGAAGGCCAUCGCCUCAUGCUUCAGUGUCUUCGCUAUUUCUUUCUUCGCUCUACCUGCUGGAAUUUUGGGUUCAGGAUUUGCCCUCAAAGUCCAGCAGAAGCAGAGACAGAAGCACUUUAACAGACAGAUCCCAGCAGCAGCCUGUCUCAUCCAGACACUCUGGAGGUGUUACGCUGCAGAGAAACCAAACGGCUGUGCUGCUACAUGGAAAAUGUACGUCUUAACUCCAGAAGGUGUGGCAGCAGCGCAGGUGGACCACAGCAGUCCCAGCAUCAAGAAGCUGAACAUAGCGAAAAAGGGGACUAAGAGAAGACUGAAGUCCAAAGGGCCUGGCUCUCUAGGUGUUGCCUCAGAGAGAGCUGUGUCGAUCCCUCAAAUCACCUAUGAGCACAUCGACGACUCUGUGGAAAAAAAGGAUGUCUCCUAUUUUAUUGCACAGCCAAGGGGGACAAAUGAAGGGAUUGCCAGAAUGUUCAGGAAAGCAGGCCCUCCUCACCACUCAUGGUCAUCUUUUACUCUGAGCUGCCCUGCUUCCCCAGUAAAGGGGAGUGGUGAUCAAAGUGCUUCCAUAGACAUCUCCCGCGCCAACAGCCUCACCGAUGACCUAGAUGACAUGAGUGAGGACAUCCCCCUGCCUGUGGUCACCAACAAGAACCA